AUGGGUAAGAAAAACAAAACAAGAAAUGAAAAUGGCGACGACACCUUAAAACAACCCCCCUUGACUCUCUUUGUUUCCAACUUACCCUACUCCUUUACAAACCCUCAGCUUGAGGAAACUUUCAAUGAAGUUGGACCUGUUAGGCGUUGCUUCAUGGUAACACAAAAAGGGUCUACUCAACAUCGCGGUUUUGGUUAUGUCCAAUUUGCUGUUGAGGCAGACGCUAACAGUGCCAUUGAGCUGAAGAACGGUUCAUUGGUUGGUGGCCGAAAAAUUGCAGUGAAGCACGCAAUGCCCCGUCCUCCCCGUGAAAAUAGAAGAUUGAAACCAGAUUAA